CCGCCCGGCCGCUCCCGGGCCGCCCGCCCAUGGCUGACAGGAGCCUGAUCGAGGGCGCCGAGCCCCCGCCGCGCCGGGAGGAGGCUCCGGAGUGGGGCUACGAGGAAGGAGUGGAGUGGGGGCUGAUUUUCCCCGAUGCUAACGGGGAGUACCAGUCGCCCAUUAACUUGAACUCCAGAGAAGCUAAAUAUGACCCCUCGCUCCUGGAAGUGCGUUUGUCACCGAACUACGUGGUGUGUCGUGACUGUGAAGUGAUCAACGACGGGCAUUCGAUUCAGAUUGCCCUGAAGUCAAAAUCAGUGUUAAUAGGGGGGCCAUUACCUCGGGGACAUGAGUUUGAACUACAUGAUGUUCGAUUUCACUGGGGGAGAGAAAAUCAGCGUGGUUCUGAGCACACGGUUAACUUUAAGGCCUUUCCCAUGGAGCUUCAUCUAAUGCACUGGAACUCCACACUGUACAGCAGCAUUGAUGAGGCAGUAGGGAAGAAGCACGGCAUAGCUAUUAUUGCUUUGUUUGUGCAGAUAGGAAAAGAGCACGUGGGCCUAAAGGCUGUAACUGAAAUUCUUCAGGACAUCCAGUACAAGGGAAAGUCCAAAACAAUACCCUGUUUUAAUCCCAACUCUUUAUUGCCAGACCCUCUUCUGCGUGACUACUGGGUGUAUGAGGGCUCUCUAACCAUUCCCCCCUGCAGUGAAGGUGUCACCUGGAUAUUAUUUCGCUAUCCUUUGACUGUGUCCCAAGUGCAGAUAGAGGAAUUUCGAAGACUGAGGACUCAUGUUAAAGGUGCUGAACUUUUAGAGGGCUCUGAUGGAAUCCUAGGAGAUAACUUCAGACCAACUCAGCCGCUUAGUGAUAGAGUCAUCAGGGCUGCAUUUCAGUAGCAGAGGAGGGACAGUGAUGAAUCUUCAGUCAGAGAGGAGGAAGACAAUGCUCCCACAGUGCCCGCAGAUGAGAAAUGGAAACUUUCGAGACUGCUGCUUCAGUUGAACCACAAAGCCUGUAUUGUUUGUCUUCAUCUAAUUCAGCCUUGAUAGACAGCUGUGACAGUUGGUCUGUCCACAUGGUCCAGUAAAAUUCUGGGAAUGGGCUGUACAUUAAAGGAAGAAAACAUAUUAAAUCUUCCAAUUCACACUGUUAACUAUUUUAAAAUUGUCAUUAUUGUUGCUUUUAUAGCUACUUCGCCAUAGCAUUCAAUAGUCAUCUGUGAUCCAAAUAGUACUGAAUUUAAGCUUGGUAUGAAUGCUAAUAUGUAGAAAUACUCAUUAUUGUUUUGAAUGUUAGAUUUACUUUUAUUCCAUAUCAUCUCUUGUGCUGUCAGUAACCAUAUUUUCUGUAGAGGGGAGAUGCAUUCUACAAAGGUAAUAAAAACAUUGUUCACAAA